AUGGCCAGCGACGCCAUCGUCUCCGGCGUCGUCGCCGACAUGGUCGGCAGGCUCAUGUCCCUCGUCGCCGGCCAGCUGCGCGACCGGCGGGGCGACGCCGAGGAGAAGCUGCGCAGGCUGCGGCGCCUCGUCGUCAGGAUCGAGAGCGCGGUGGAGGCCGCCGAGGCGAGGCGGAUCACCGGCCGCGCGCUCCUCGCGUGGCUCUCCGAGCUCGUCGACGGCGCGCUCCAGGGCCGCUACUUCCUCGACGCGUUCCCCGUGGCGACGGAUCACGACGGCGGCGGGCGCGGCGAGGCGGCGGUGGCGAACCCGCUCAACCCGGCCAAGCGGCUGCGCGUCGCGGCGAGGAGGCUGGUGUUCUGGGACGGCGGCGCGGCUGCGGAGCUCGACGGCGUCCUUGCCGACCUGGAGAGCGUCUCCGGCGAUCUCACCGGGUUCAUCACGAUGCUGCAGAGCUGCCCGCCGGCACUGCACCGGCCGCUGAACACGAACAUCUACGCCGACAACCAGAUGUUUGGCCGGCAGGUCGAGAGGCGCCGCGUCUUCGACUUCUUGCUGCAUGACAGCGACGGCGAUGGCGGCGGCGAGCCGGCGGGGGCAGAGCUCGCCGUCCUCUCCAUAGUUGGCCGCCAAGGCCUCGGGAAGACGACGCUCGUGCAGCACGUCUGCAACGACCUCGAGGUGCGCCGCCGCUUCUCGCUGAUCAUUGAGCUGGACUUCCAUUGCUUGAGCCUCAUGGCGGCCGGCGAGACGGCGCUGCUCCUGCGCUCCAUCGUCGACGCGCGGAGGCGGCGGGUGAUCGACGCGAUCAUGCCGACGCUGCGGCGCGGCCGGCGAGGGAGCAAGGUCAUCGUGACGAGCAGGCACGCCGAGCACGUCGCGGGCCUCGCCGCCGCCGCCGCGGACACCAUCACCCUCCGCCCCCCGCCGCCGGCGGAGUACUGGCUCUUCUUCAAGGCGCACGCGUUCGGCGGCGCGGACGCUGAGGCCGACCCGCGGCUGGUGGCGGCGGGGCAGGCCAUCGCCAAGCGGCUGCGCCUCGCCGCCUCCUUCUUCGGCGGCAAGAUGCUCGCCGCGCUGCUGCGGUCGCGCCCCGACCCGCGCUUCUGGCGCACCGUGCUGAGCAGCGGCGCCGCCGACCUGCCGUGCCUCGGCUACGCCGACGACGCCGUCGCCGGCCGCCUGUUCCCGCCGCACGUCACCUUGCAGAGCGUCACCAUGUCGCGCUCGCCGGAGAGAGGCAUCGUCAGUCUCCAGGACUCCUGUUUGGUUACUCCUCCGGCGACUCAGUCCGGCGAUCACUGCCGCCGCCGCCGCUCGCCGGAGUUGCCCGUGUUGCUGUGCAAGUCAGUCUUCCCUUCCUACUGCAUCUACUACACCGCUCAUUGCACGAUCAGUGACAGUGACACUGACAACAAACAAUGA